CUUUGCCAUUUCCCAGCUCUUCAGCAGAGAGGAGGAGCGGAGCAGCAUCGAAGCACCAAAAACCCUAGAGUUCACUCUUCUGUUGAUCUUUAUUGGUUGUCAGGAUGCCCCCAAAGGCCUCCAAAGCUAAGGAACCUGCGCCGGAGCGGCCUAUCCUCGGCCGUUUCUCGUCACAUCUCAAGAUCGGAAUUGUUGGGUUGCCUAAUGUUGGGAAGUCUACUCUUUUUAACACACUCACUAAGCUUUCUAUACCAGCUGAGAACUUCCCUUUCUGUACGAUAGAGCCAAAUGAAGCGCGUAUUAAUGUGCCUGAUGAGCGGUUUGAUUGGCUCUGCCAAUUGUAUAAGCCAAAGAGUGAGGUGUCAGCUUUCUUGGAAAUACAUGACAUUGCUGGACUCGUGAAAGGAGCCCAUCAGGGACAGGGUUUAGGAAACAAUUUCCUUUCUCACAUUCGUGCAGUUGAUGGAAUUUUUCAUGUUUUAAGAGCAUUUGAAGAUCCAGAGAUUAUUCAUGUUGAUGACAUUGUGGAUCCAGUUCGGGAUUUAGAGGUCAUUACGGAAGAAUUACGACUUAAGGAUAUAGAAUUCAUGGAGAAGAAGUUGGAGGAUCUUGAGAAGAGUAUGAAGAGGAGCAAUGACAAACAGUUGAAAAUUGAGCAUGAAGUUUGUGAGAAGGUUAAAGCAUGGCUUACUGAUGGGAAAGAUGUUCGCUUGGGAGAUUGGAAAGCUGCUGACAUUGAGAUCCUGAAUACUUUCCAAUUGCUUACUGCCAAACCUGUUGUCUAUUUGGUGAAUAUGAAUGAGAAGGAUUAUCAAAGGAAGAAGAACAAGUUUCUGCCAAAAAUUCAUGCUUGGGUGCAGGAGCAUGGUGGGGAACCUAUUAUUCCUUUCAGUUGUGUUCUUGAAAGGAAUCUUGCUGAUUUGCCAGAGGAUGAAGCUGCCAAAUAUUGUGAGGAAAAUAAAGUACAAAGUGCCCUCUCAAAGAUUAUAAAGACAGGAUUUGCUGCUAUCAACCUCAUAUACUUUUUCACUGCUGGGCCGGAUGAGGUGAAAUGCUGGCAAAUCAGACGCCAAACAAAAGCUCCUCAAGCUGCUGGGGCUAUACACACUGAUUUUGAAAGAGGUUUUAUAUGUGCAGAGGUCAUGAAGUUUGAUGAUUUAAAAGAAUUGGGCAGUGAAGGAGCUGUCAAGGCCGCAGGGAAGUACAAACAAGAGGGGAAGACAUAUGUUGUUCAAGAUGGGGAUAUAAUUUUCUUCAAAUUUAAUGUCUCCGGGGGUGGCAAAAAGUGAAUGCUAUCAGAGGAUUCCAAGUCAGCUUCCCUGAACCAUCUGGGAUAUUUUCAUAGUUUCCUCAGAGGGUUCAUGGAUUCUUAUUAUGAUACAAUCAACCAUGGAUUGUUGAGUACUGUAGAUGCAUUGUCACUGGAGGCACCUUCCUUUGAGACUGAUAAAAGCAGGCGCCCUUGAUCUCCUGAAGGUCAUUUUAGGGCUGCCCUUUUCCAUAAGAAUUGAUUUUGAGUGUAUACAUUUUUCAUCAGAAUCUUGAGUAAAGAAAGUACUUUAUCUGAAUUUGUUACACUAAGAUUUGCGAAUUUAAAAUCAUCUACUUUUAUUGCUCAUGA